AUGGACAGUAGUCUUGGAAUGAAGGUUUGCAGAAAGAAGAGAGAGUACCUGAACAUGGGAGAAAAUACAGCUGAGGGAACAAUCAAUCUAGGUGAAGAUGAAGUGCCAAGAGUGAAGGAAUUUAAAUAUUUAGGGUCCACAGUCCAGGAAGAUGCCGGUAGAGACAGGGAGGUAAAGAAAAGAAUACAGGCGGUAUGGAAUAGUUGGAGGAAAGUCAUUGGAACUGUGUGUGACAGGCGGGUGGAAGAAAAAGUAAAAGGCAGAAUUCACAAUGUGAUGGUGAGACCAGCAAUGCUGUAUGGGCUGGAAGCAACAUCCUUGAAAAAGUCACAGGAAAGAAAGCUGGAGGUAUCGGAGAAGAAAAUGCUGAGAUGGGGUCUGGGCCUAACAAGAAGGGAUAUGAUCAGGAAUGAAGUGGUGCUGAAAAGAGUGGGAGUGAAAGCAUUACACGACUAA